AUGUUUUCUCAAUGUUACUGUAAGAGAAAAAACUCAGUUCUCAAACUCCCACCAGGCCCAAAACCAUGGCCUCUCGUGGGCUGCCUCCCAUCAAUUUUGGCCACAAACUCACCAAAAUACAAAUGGAUUCAUGCAGUGAUGAAGCAAUUCGACACUGAAAUCGCAUGCAUUCGUCUCGGAAAUACCUACGUAAUCCCAGUGACUUCUCCAGAACUGGCUGUGGAAUUUCUCAAGACACAUGACUCUGUGUUUGCAUCACGUUCCACCAUCUCCAACACUGUCAAUCUCUUUACUCGUGGAUUUCUCACCACAGCUUUUUCACCUUCGGGAGACCAAUGGAAGAAGAUGAGAAGAAUACUCACAUCAGAAAUACUGAGUCCAUCAACUGAUCUUCACCAAAUACUUGGCCAUAGAACUAACGAAGCCCACAUCCUUCUACGUUAUAUUUUCAAACUAACGGCGGGCGGAGCCGGUGCAGUGGUUAAUUUGAGAAGUAUAACGCAGCAUUAUUGUGGUAACGUUAUCAGAAGAAGCCUAUUCAAUACAAGGUACUAUGGCAAAGGGAGCGAAGAUGGAGGGCCAAGUUUUGAAGAAGAAGAGCAUAACCAAGCGUUGCUGACAAUUCUUAAGCAUAUUAAUGCAUUUUCUAUAUCAGAUUUCAUGCCUUGUUUGAAGCCAUUUGAUUUAGAUGGACAUGGGAAGAUCAUGAAACAGGCUUUGGAAGUCCUUCGGAAGUAUGAUGAACCCAUUAUAAAUGAGAGGGUGCAACAAUGGAAAGAUGGGAAAAGGGAAGGCGUGGAGGACAUUCUCGAUAUCCUUAUUUCACUUAAAGAUGAGAGUGGGGAAUCGUUGCUGUCAAUCGACGAGAUUAAGGCUCAAAUCACUGAGCUACAAAUUGCAACAAUCGAUAAUCCUUCAAAUACAGUGGAGUGGACAAUGGCAGAAUUACUCAAUCAACCAAAAAUUCUCCAAAAAGCAGUUGAAGAAUUGGACAGAGUAGUCGGAAGAGACAGACUUGUUCAAGAAUCUGAUAUCCCAAAACUGAAGUAUCUCACCGCUUGUGCUAGAGAAUCCCUUCGACUACAUCCAUUUUCACCUUUCAAUAUUCCUCAUGUCUCAAACUCUGAUGUCAUUGUGGCCGGUUUCUUUAUCCCAAAAGGCAGUGAAGUCAUUCUAAGUCGUCCGGGACUCGGUCGAAAUCCGAGAAUUUGGGAGAAUCCAAAUAGGUUUGAUCCAGAACGUCAUCUCACGGAUGAGAGCACAAUUGAGCUAGGAUUGUCGGAACCAAGUUUAAGAUUUAUUAGCUUCACUAGAGGAAGAAGAGGUUGUAUAGGUAGCUCAUUGGGCACUAACAUUACCAUGAUGCUAUUUGCUAGGUUGCUUCAAGGGUUUUCAUGGAGCUUACCACUUGGAAUGACAAAGAUAGAAUUCUCGGAGGCCGAUGAACUCUCCUUCCCAAAGCCAUUACACUUGCAUGCAAAGCCACGCCUACCUCAUAUUAUGUACCCAACUUGUUGA